GUCCCAACUGUUUGUUGUCGACGAAAUACACGAUGUGUUUGAAUUGGAUUGUCUCAUGACUUCACACCCGAUAUCAGUGCCGGUCUAUAAUCCGGAUGAGAUCAAUGAGAUCUUCGACAGAAUUUCAUACGGAAAGAAUUAUCUGAAUGCCUAUCGCUAUGAUAAUGCAGUUCAGAACGAUCUUUGGGAUUACCUAACGGUAGCCGUGAAUAAUAGUCUAAACGUGAAGCGAGUGAUGGACUCGUGGACACUACAGGACGGCUAUCCAGUGGUGACACUAACGCGAGAUUACGCCCGAAGGAAAGCGUGGUUAACGCAGAAGAGAUUCUUGCUUUACGUCACCACUAAUGAGACGAAUGGAGUGAAUAAGAAGAACUACUGGUGGGAAAUACCAAUCACUUACACCACCGAAAGGGAUGCCAAUUGGGAGCCAAUCACCAAACUAUGGAUGACUAAAACUAACUCAUUGAAAGAAUUUAUGGUUAAAGAAGAAGAUAUUCCUGAAAAGAAUGAGUGGAUUAUAGCGAACAUACAAGAGGUCGGAUACUAUAGAGUCAAUUAUGAUGUCGACAACUGGAAGCUUAUAAUAAGGCAAUUGGUGUCAAAUCACAGCAAAAUACAUGUCAUAAAUCGGGCUCAACUGAUAGACGAUGCGCUGGACAUGUCUCGGGCACAUCUACUCGACUAUCACAUCGCUCUCAAUAUAACCCAAUAUCUGAUUAACGAGAAGGAGUUCAUCGCAUGGGAAGCGGCACUCAAUGCCUUCUCAUUCUUGGAUCGUAUGCUGAGAAGGAGUGCAUCCUAUGGUCUCUGGAAGGUAUAUGUAUUGAAUUUAAUAAACAGAAUAUAUAAUGAGAUCACUUGGAAUGUGAGCCAAGACUCGGACACUAUUUUGGACAAGUAUUUGCAGAUCAGUAUAAUUGGCUGGACGUGUAAAUACGGACAUUCAGACUGUGUUCAGCAGUCACUCAAACGGUUUCGCGAAUGGCAGCGAAGAGUUAGAGACGGAGACUAUAAGAAUCCAAUUCAUCCCAACCUAAGAAGUAUAGUCUACUGUACGGGCAUUGAGUUUGGCUCUGAACAGGACUGGGAUUUCUUAUGGAACCAGUAUUUGAAUACAUCGGUCGCCUCCGAAAAGGACAAACUCUUACGAUCUCUGGCCUGCACUCGAGAGCCAUGGCUUUUAUCCCGAUUUAUUAGCCGCGCGUUCAACGGCUCGAGUGGUAUAAGAAAACAAGACGGAAGUUAUGUAUUCAGAGCCGUGGCGUCGAGUAAUUACGGCCGAGAUAUCGCUUAUAACUUUCUUAGAGAUCAAUGGGAUUUAAUUGUCAAAUAUUUUGGAAAAUCCUUCUUUUCGUUCGGAAGUUUAGUCAAAUCUGUCACCUCUUCUAUGAAUUCUGAAUUUGAAUUAAGACAGUUGCAAGAGUUUUAUAACAGCGUGAAGGAUAACGUGGGAACAGCUCAGCGAUCAUUCAUGCAGGCCAUCGAACAGACCAAAGCCAACGUGCAUUGGAUGCAAAGCCAUUACCACGAGAUCGAUAUCUGGCUCUCAAACACUAAGCAUUUACUAAUCCGAUAGGAAUUAGGUUUUGUAAGACUAGUCAUCAUAUUGUUUGCCGAAACAAACAUUUUCUAUAUAACUAUGUUAUACAGCAUUUCAUUAUGCUUCGCAUUUAAUUCAUUUAAUCAUUAAUACU